UAAAUGAAUAUAAUGAAAUAGAUUUGAAUACUCUUAUAUAAUCCUAAAAGGUCCCACUGCUGUUCUCAUUCUACCUGAGGUGAGUAAAAAAAACAAAACAUUUAGGUAAAACUAUAAAAAUGAAUUAAAAUAUUUGUAAGAAUGGUAAAGCAGUGGCUUCACUUCAGAUGGAUCUUUUGGUUUAUUGGCCUCAUCUAUCGGCCGGUCAGUGGCACUGUAGUCCUCUGUAGUCCUCUCUGGAGCUCUGUAGUCCUCUGUAGUCUCUGGAGCACCGUGUGGAGCUCUCCAACUCUGUUCCUCCCCUCUUCUCUUCUCUUCUCUUCACUACAGAGGCAACAAUAACAACAGCUGCACUUAUCACACUGAGAAACAUGAUGACUUCAGACUGCUCCGGUGUUGUUUCCUCGAAGCUGUUGCACUUGUCUUACCGGCUGCUCGCCUCUUCACACUGUUGUUGAGCUUUGUGUUAUUUCUAAGGCGCGUUGGUUGUUUUUGCGCGUCAACAAUAAGGAAAGGAGCGCAUGUUGUUGGAGCGACACGGCGGUGGAGCGGUAAAUGAGCGCGUUUCUCUCAUCGGGGGAUUUUUAUAUUUAGAUCUGUGAGAGAAGGACGAGCAGGGCGCAGUGUGAGAGAGAGGGAAUAACGCAGAUCUCUGUACAGCUCCAGGGCUGGUGGUGGGAGAGGAAAGAUGAUGAUGGCUGGUGGUGGUGGAGCAGCCGUGGACCAUAACGGGAUCUACUCCAACACCUCCAACCUCCUCAGCCUGCAGCAGCAGUCCUCCAUGGAGGCGGAGAACCAGGACUCCCGAAAACGGCCGCUGGAGACUCCGGAGGAGGAGGCCGGCUGCACCAAGCGCACCAACACCGGAGAGGAGGGUGAGUACUUCCUGAAGGUGCUGAUCCCCAGCUAUGCAGCCGGCUCUAUAAUUGGCAAGGGCGGCCAGACCAUCGUACAACUGCAGAAAGAGACGGGUGCCACCAUUAAGCUGUCCAAAUCCAAAGACUUCUACCCAGGAACAACAGAACGCGUCUGUCUGAUACAGGGUACAGUCGAAGCCCUCAAUGGCGUCCACAACUUCAUCGCGGAGAAAGUCCGCGAGAUGCCUCAGAGCGCCCAGAAACCCGAACCAGUCAGCAUACUGCAGCCACAGACCACCGUCAACCCCGACCGUGUCAAACAGGCUAAAUUGAUCGUGCCCAAUAGCACGGCUGGGCUGAUCAUUGGUAAGGGCGGAGCCACAGUGAAAGCGGUGAUGGAGCAGUCGGGGGCUUGGGUCCAGCUCUCCCAGAAACCAGAGGGCAUCAACCUGCAAGAGCGGGUGGUGACCAUCAGCGGGGAGCCCGAACAGAACCGCAAGGCUGUGGAAAUCAUAGUACAGAAGAUCCAGGAGGACCCUCAGAGCAGCAGCUGCCUCAACAUCAGCUAUUCCAACGUCUCGGGCCCAGUGGCCAACUCCAACCCCACCGGCUCCCCAUACGCUAACACGGCCGAGGUGAUGCCCAAUGCAGCCGCGGCAGCUGCCACCGCCUCCAGCCUUCUGGGCCAGGCCGGCUUGACAGGAAUGGGCGCCUUCCCUGCCACCAUGUCCAGCUUCUCUGGCAACGAUCUGCUGGCCAUCACCUCAGCCCUCAACACGCUGGCCAGCUACGGCUACAACACUAACACCCUCGGUCUGGGACUCAACCCUGCGGCUGCUUCUGGGGUCCUCGCUGCAGUAGCAGCUAGUGCUAACCCGGCUGCUGCUGCUGCAGCUAACCUACUGGCCUCCUACGCUAGCGAUGCCUCCGGCGGUGGUGGCCAUCCUGCUGCAGGCCUCGGGGGCUUCUCCCUGGGUUCUCUAGCAGCUGCUACAGGGGCUUCCAACGGUUACCUAAAUGCUUCAUCCCCACUGAUGGCCUCCUCCCUAUUGGCAGCAGAGAAGCUGGGCGAUGGGGCCAAGGACGUGGUUGAGAUCGCUGUGCCCGAGAAUCUGGUCGGUGCCAUUUUGGGGAAAGGAGGGAAAACGCUGGUAGAGUACCAGGAGCUAACAGGAGCCCGCAUCCAGAUCUCCAAAAAGGGAGAGUUCAUUCCUGGUACUCGGAACCGUAAAGUUACCAUAACAGGGUCGCCAGCCGCUACGCAAGCAGCGCAGUAUCUGAUCAGCCAGCGGAUCACUUACGAGCAGGGCGUGCGCGCUACCAACCCACAAAAGGUGGGCUAAAAGGAAAAAGAAGAGGAAAGAAGGAAAGGAUGAAGACAGAGAUAGAAGGGAAUUGAGAGGGUCACGAUGAAUAGAAAAAAGAAACGUCCAAAUAUCUGUUCAAUAUUUCCGUAUCAAAUGAAAGAAUCACAAAGGAGGAGGUGGGGGAGACAACCAAGAUAAGUGUGUGUGAUAUGUGAAUGUGUUUUUAGGACUGACGUCCUGAUGUUUUUUAAAAGUUUGUGUCGAGUCCUUUUGACGAUGGUGAUCAGAGUAAGCUGAACUGGUCCACUGCCAAGCUGCAGAUUCAAGGGUGAGACCGCAGGGUUUCACCCUCCUCCAAAACCUCAUAGCUGUUUUCCUUUUCUUUUUUUUUGUUGUUUGGGUUUUGUCGGUUUUUAAUUUCAGUUGCAAACCUCAGCUCCCGGUGAGUUGAGCGAGUCAGAUGAAGUUCCAGCCAGCCGAUAGAGCUGUUUUACAAACCUUGCUCUUUGUGUACGAUGCACUAGGCGUUGUUAACAGGGGAGAGGUUUUAUGACAAGCACCUGAGGUCACCUCAGUCUAUGGGGAAGCAAUCUGAGUAUAAGUUCUUUAAAGAAGUCAUAUCUCUGUUGAAAUAUGUUGAAUUCUGGCUCAUAUCAUAAUUGAAGUUUCUAAAUUUGGGUAUUUUAUAUUUGCAUCCUUUAUUUAUUGACAUGGUCUCAUUCAAACACAAAUAGAUUAUUUAAACCUGUGAAUGCAGGUUGAUCUGAAUGUAAAAACAACAUUAGCCUAUCGCUAUUUUUUAUUUACAGGGAUCAAAUAUCGUGUUGCAGUGAAAGAAAUGUAUAACUUCAAAACCCAGUCUGAACUUCACUGUUGCUGUCUGCAAGUAUAGUUCAGGGGUUAAAUAAUCAAUGUGAGAGGAUAGAGGAGACACACAGGAAUGUAUGAAUAUAUUUUACAUGAACACACAUAGAUGACGCUCCCACAAACACUGACACGUAUUUGCAUAUUCAGUCACAGCUACGAACACACAGAAAAUAUGUUGUUUAACCCUUUCUUGGUGCUAUAGGAUUAGAUUCUUUAUAUGUCCUUUACCAUGAAAACAGAAUCUCUCUGGCGACUCGUCACUUGAUUGAAAACGCUGAUGUGUCGUCCAGCCAUUAGUAGCCCAUUGGAUCUGACCCAGCCUCUCACCUAAUGAAAAAGGAUUGAUUUCAGCCUUCAGUCAUGAUGAAAAGCAAUCCAGUCUUAGUAGAAGUCCAUCCUCGCCAAUGCAGGUCUUUUUUUUUUUUUGUUCUUCUAAAAGAUUGGCCACGCUUUACAUCUUACCUGACAAUACGUUUGCCUUAUUUGUAACUCCCAAGAAUUAACUUAAAGCUCAGACUACCUUGAAGCAGUGUCGGUUCGGCAAAGGGAACAAAGCACUACAAAAGCAUUUUGAUAAGGAAAGCUGUAUGAACCAAUAUCUGUGAACAAAUUGCCUUUACAUUAAGGGUACCAAAUAGUCACACACCAAUGAAAGGGAAGUAGAAUGACACUUGAAAAGAAGGUUCGGACUCACUUUUACUGGGAGCCAUCCUUCCCAAUUUGCAUUAAAGACAAAAAAAAACAAGCGAUACUUCAGUUCAUCCAGGCAGCCGGUUAUCGUUCCCAAAACACGUUAACGCUCGCUAACUGCGGGCGGAGCACGUAAUAAAACAUCAUGAAAUGUUUUGGCAUCGUUGUCUUUUAUGGGCAAUUGUUUGUCUAAUGCAGGGAGGCUAAUUGUCUAGAGCAUUUCCGAGCACUCGAAGAUUACCUUGGCUUCCUUCUGUGCUGCUAUCCAUGGUGUUCAUCCUGAGUACACUGGGUCUCUGAAGACUGCACUGUGAGACAUUAAGAACACAAUGUAAAGCAUGUCUGUCCCCGCUGGGAUGUGAGUAUACUUUAAUGUGCACAUCUAUGUCACAUAAACAAGACCUACCAAUACUGACAGAAGGGAUAUACAGUAUAUAUCCACAAGAGCAUUUGUACUCCAGCGUCUUGUGAUGUUUCUGUUUACCAGUACCAACGCACUGCACUUCAAUUAGCGGACGUUUUUUCUGAUCAGCGAACCACAAAUUAUUCCCACCACACUUUCCCGCUCUGUAUUCUCCAGUCCUAUUACGUCCACUUCCCCCCCGACUCUAAAGAACAUCUUUCAAUUGUCCCCAUCAACCCCGAGCUCUAUGAUCAGCUUUCUGAAUGCACGGCUGUGAGGGUUGGUGCUGAGUAGCGUCCGAGCAAAUCCAGAACCACUCCCGUUUUUUGGGGGGGAAAUUUAAACGAAUAGCCUUUUCAUUUUCAUGAUUCAUGUUUGAAAGUAAACGGAUUUCAAACAACUGUCUGAACAUUUGCAGCAGUGAGCCUUUCUUCCUAACUGAAAUCUCUCCUUUCACACUGCGUGUCUGGAAGGCUUCACAGUCAUCCAUAACUGUAAUCUGGCCACUAAUGAAACCAUAGCAUAAGGUAACCUUUUACUGCCCAAGAUUUAAGCAUAUAAUAAGAUACAAGCACAAAACAAAAGGGGGUGUUUUAUCAAUGCAACUGGACUGCUUGACUGCAGGGAGCUCUCCUUCAGAGCUCUCUGAUCAUUACAUUGUGCCAAAUACUAUUUCUCUCUCUCUGCCCCCUCAUUAACUUUCCUCUUUCUCUCAACAUUUUUAUUCCCCUGCAUGUUGCUGUUUCUCACCGUUCUGAGGUUCCUCCUGUGUCCUAUAAUAUCCCCCCUCGUCUGUGCUUCUUCCUUCACUGUGCUCUCCCCCUCUUUCUCCUUCCUCCUGUCUUGUCUUCUCACGGGUGGCGUGUCGGGUGUGCUGGCGGUGGGAGUUAUGCACUAUAGGUCAUAAGGGUAUGAAAAUAUUUUCCCAGGCCGUAGAGUUCACAAGGCUAAAAUGCACAGAAAACACCUGCCUCGAAAACUGUGACACCCACAAGACCAACCAGCAACGUUAGCUCAAAGUAUCAAAUUCCCUCAAUAUAAGAAGAACAAGUAGGAGCGUUUAGACCGUGAACUAUGGCCUUUUAAGGGAAGAGAAAGUGUUGUUUUUUCUUCCAAAAGAAGGCAAAUUCUUGCUUGAAUAGAUAUUCAUACGUGGGCUGAACAAGCCACUAAACUACGCGCAGUUAAGGACAGAAUGCAUAAGAUAGCGAGAGUAAGGUGGGAACUUGUUUGUGACCUCAAGCCGAAACAAUGACAUCCUUUAUGCAUAUCCUCUUAUCUGAAAAUGACUAGAAUUCAUUUCUGUGGAAUACAAUAUGUCAUGUCAUAUGAUCUAUAUGUACUUUAUUGUAGCUAUUCUAGUUUGUAGUCCAAAUGCAGUCCAGCGUUGUCGAUACAAUGUGAACUAUGUUAUAUUUGUGUGGAUGAUGAGAGUGCCAACUAAGCCUGAUUAAGAUUAGCUUCGCGAUUUGUUUGUGCAUUAUGAUGACUCAUCAUCAGCCGGUGGUGUCCAUAUUUCUGUCAUUGAUGAUUUAGUUUGACAGUAAGAAAAUGUAAAGAAUAUUGGAAGCAAUAUAGUAGCAUGUUGUCCUGUUUUGUGUUUUAUGUCUGUUGUAUGAACCUUUGAAAUUACUAAGAUUUUGAAUGAAUAGGUUUACAUGUACUUUUUGUAAGUUAUGAAAAUGCUGCUAUUUGAUAAGUAAACUAUACAAAAUAUUUUAGUUGAAAAGAUGUCUGGUCUGUUGAUUAGAAACAUGCUCUAAAAGGAUGGAGCAUAAAACGAGGUGUAUAGAAUACUAUACAGUAUUGGUAAGAUAGUAAAAGUAAUAAUAGACUCCAUAGUACAACCUGUGCCAAACUAGACCUCCGCAGCUUCUGAAAUUGUAGAUGUGCGAUCAAAUGUUAGAUAUCAAUAACUUGUUUAGAAGUGCUGAUCAAGUGCCAAUCAAACACUGUCUUUUAAGUUAAGAAAAGAUAAUCAAAUACAUUACUUAAGAAAACAAAGGACAAAGAACUUUUUUGUGCAUUGUUUUUAUCCCAUAGGUACAUAGAGUAAGAGUUAAAGAUUGUGAUUUUUAUGGAUCCAUGUUGUUUUACACUCCAUGCAUCCCUUGUGUGUUUGUUUGACCUGUGGCUUAAGUACUGCUGUCUCACAAAUGUCUCUAUAGGCCAGCAUGGACUAAGCAUAACAUGUUAUAAGCAUUCAUAACAUACCAUUAACAAUCAAAAAUGUGUUUGUGGAGUUAGGUGUUAUCUUUUUGCACGUCUUCUAUUGCAUGGUAUCAAAAUAAAUUAUGGAGGAAAAAAAAAAUUACAAAAAUUUAGCGAGAUGUCUCUCGCAACAUUCAAAGACAUAACGCUGCAUGCAGUCAAAUGUAAAGCACUUAAGUUUACUCGCCUCAUGUUAAAAAAAAAAAAAAGAGUUGUUUUUUUAUGUUGUGAGUUGGGAGGGAGCUCAUUAUUGUCAUGUUGGCCCGAGAAAAAAAAAGACACACUUACACUUACACACACACACACACACAUCUCAGAUCUCAUCAAUCAGAGUUCAUGUCUCUCUACACGUCACCAGAGAAGAUGUUUUGAUUUUUAGGUGCAGUGAGGAGUAUUGAAAAUGUGAAACAAGCAAACGUGAAAAUGUUAUUCAGUGCAUUGGCUCCUUGUGUUUUGCUUUUUUAAGAUAUCGGGCAUGUAUUUCUUUUACAAACAGGUUGAACCUCAUAGAACCUGUCCCAUAAUGUUUCUAGAGCUUGAAAGCCCAGAUCUAAUCUAUGAAUGUACCCAUCUACUCUUUUUUUCUGUCGAAUGUUAUAUCAGUCUUUUAAUGUAAAUUCAGGGCAGGAAUGUCAAUUACAUGUAGAGUUAAUAUCUAUGUCAAUAACAGAUUUCAGCUAUAGUCAGGUAGGCCUUGCACGGCCAUAGUCAUGAACCAGAUAUGUUUUAACACAACUUCCGAUUCGCUGUCAACAUUAUCUUGUUUGUUUGGUGUUGCAUAAAUGCACUUUACUGAUCAGUGGGUCAUAUUGGGUGUGAAAUGAAAUCACGUUGGCUUACAACAGUAUUAUUUUUUUGCCAUUCUUUGUUGCUCUGAUGUUUUAUUUUAUUAUUAUUUAUUAAUUCCCUGAUCCUGUUGGGUCUCAUGAAUGAUGGAAAGGGCUGGAGUCUCAGACAACAUAGAAAAAUAGCACCUGCUUCCUCACUCGAAGGCUUCUCCUUCACAUUCCCUUCAGCAGAGGUUUGUGUCAAUCACUGAGUGCUUUGUUUUUAAAACGAACAUGUGAUCUUGUCCUUUUUCGCAUCCUCUUUUGCUACAAAUUACAGACUGGUUUUCAUUGGGAUUGAAGCACUGGGCUGAAGGGAUGCACGCUCAAAGUCUGGCUGGUGUAACAGUCAGAUCUGAGAGACUUAAUCGGCACCAGCAAAAUGAAGAUUGCCUCUGCCACCUCAACAGGCUACACAUCACAGAGGAGACCUAUUAGACUUUGAGUGGUAAAGGCCUAGUUACAUGAAUGAUAUUGCUCUCAUUAUUUUCUGUCACAAAUUCCCCCUCGCAUUUACUGCUUCACAUCUGAAUGCCAAACAAAUUACAGUAUCAUUCCAAAAGUUGUUCUGUUUGUUUUUAUUUUCCUGGACGUUCAUCCGCCCCCACGGAGCCCUUUUCACGAGAAGGCUAGGACUGGUUUUAAACACUACAAACUGGCUAAGACUGCUCCUCUCUUAAAACCUCUUCUCCCCGAGUGUCACUCUCUCAGCCUACGCGACAUCACGAUUUGUGUUCCAUCACACUGAGCACCUGCUACUGUGUCCGCCCUUUAUACGGAUAAGGUAUUUCUGAGCCCUUUCGUCUGAGAAAAUACAGGAUUCUUUGCCAACCUGACAUGAGGCCAUUUUUUGUCUUUGACCCUCUGAACCUCCCAUGAACUUAGUUGACCUUCUCCAUCCCCGAGAACUCAUUCAUGUAUGUGUUGGAUAUUUUACACCACUUUUAUCUGUCAAACUCUGCGAGACUGUUCUUCUGUUUUCUGGUUAUCUGGACAAUUCUGCAGGGUUGAACGCUUGCUUAAGUGUAAACUGAAGACAGCAUGCCGGUACCUUGCAACCAUUUUCACUUCACAUUGUACAUUUUCUUUUCUGGGUUCGGUUUUACUUCGUUUAACCUCUGUUCUUUCCAUCUCAGAAAAAAAAAUGGACUGACAGCAUAAGAUCAAAUAAUCCAACCUAAGAAAAGUGAUGUUUUGUUGAUUGGGUACAUUUCUCUUUGAUAUUAAUGACGACGGUUCUGUCUUUCGUUUGUGACGAGGAGAAUCUGUGAAAGUCCACAGUGUUAACUACCUAAAGGGCUUUCUAGGACAGCAUUUAUAUGUCUUUUAAAAAUGAAAAAGUCCUCUGAAUACAUUCAGAAAAGAGAGGAAAGUGUCUUCUUGUGCCAUUUUAAAAAAAAAAAAAAGUGUGAAAGCUUUUUUUUGGCAAAUAUUUGUCAGCAAGAGUGCCAAAUAAUUCCAUACUGAGCCAAAAGGCAGCCAGCCUACAUAUCUAAAUGUUAGAUCACUGGAAUGGUAACGUCCCAUCUCCGCUCCCCUUGAAAAACAUCACCCUAAUUGUACAACGUUUGAGCUCAUGUACCAUUAUUGUUAUGCUGCCAGUCUGUUUUCUGCUUUUGUCAGAGAAACAUCUCAGAAGCAGUAUAUUUUCUAAAUGAUACACUGUUGGUAAAAAAAGACAACAGCUACUAUGUGAGGAAAUGAGAGGAUUUUAAAAGUGUCAUUGUUUUUAUUAUUAGUUUAUUUGAACAUUAUUCAUUAAUAGAUUUAACGGUAAUGACUAUUUAAUGUAACUGUAGUACUGUGUUUGUAAAAGAAAUUCAGUGAGUUGUGUUUUAUGACUCGUGGACUACCAGUGAAGUCAGCAUUUCAGUGUUAAUAAUUGAAUUGUUUUUUAAAGAUUAUUUUUGCGACGGCAACAAAGAGUCAUUAUAAAUGUUCAUUUUAACAUCA